AUGGAGUUCGAUCCGUGCUUUCAAGGGCCACAGUACCUAUCUAGUAUAUGUCCCAAAAUCCCCUACUUGAAUCCACACGCUCAAUACAUGUUUCCAUCCCAAAGCUCCAUUUUCAUUCCUCCAUCUCAACCCAUCAUGUUUAACCCUAACCAUGUUUUCCACCAUUUUCAAGACCACAUCGUGAAUGUCCCUCCGUUUGUGAUGGACGGUUCCAACCCCAUCGUAACCCCCAUGUAUGGGAACGGGAUACCAACCCCUUCUUUCGGUGAUGGGUCUUUUGCUAACAUUAACAGUCACCAGCCUGUGAUGUUAGUACCCAAGAACAACAGCAAAAUUGAAGCUUUGUAUGAUGACCAUAAAGGCAAAGUCAUAUGGGAUUUUUCCCAGAAAACCAUGGUUCAUCCUUUUGAAGCGUCUUCUCCCAACUCACCAUCUCCUUUCUGUCUCUCUAAUGAGUAUGGAUUGGGUAUGAGUGAAUUUCAUAGGGACACUGAUCGAAGGAUGGUAGAGGUGGAAAACAAUACCCACAAUGCUACUGAUAAUAUAAUCAAAGGACAGUGGACUCCCGAAGAAGACAGUGCUCUUGUGGAGUUGGUGAAUCAAUUUGGACCGAAGAAAUGGUCAGAAAUUGCAAAGUUGAUGUGCGGCAGAGUUGGAAAGCAAUGUCGAGAAAGAUGGCACAAUCAUCUCCGGCCAAACAUUAGGAAGGAGUCGUGGAGCCUGGAAGAAGACAUGAUUCUGAUCAAAGCCCACCAGGAAUUUGGCAACAGGUGGUCAGAGAUUGCUAAGAGGCUACCUGGAAGGACUGAAAAUAGUAUUAAGAAUCAUUGGAAUGGAACCAAGAGACGCCAGAGUUGCAGGAGCUACAACGGGAGUAAGAAAAACCCUUACGAAGGAUCAAUGCUCCGUGCUUACGUUAAAAGGGUCACUGCUAUGGAAGAAUCUACAAAAGUGUUGAAGAAAGCCACAAGCAAAAAGAAUAAGAAUGGGCUAGCCACUUUGUUCAGGUGUACAAACGAAAUGUUUAUUGGAAAUAGCAGCAACUACGCGCCAUUGCAAGUUAAAAGUAAUAAUAUUGGGGUUUCAUAUGGUGCAAUUGGAACGAAUGCAAUCAACAGGGGAAUGAAUCCGAUAAGUACAAAAUACUGA